AUGGUAACUGGAACUGCUGCCUUCUACCCUUACUUCCAGUUUGGUCAGGGAGGUGGGUCUGCUGCCACAUAUGCCAGUGGACAUGGCUAUGGCAUGCAGUAUCCUCAGAUGUUUCACUACUCUGGAGUGGCCUCAACUGCAGGGUUGACUGGGUUAGCGCAGCAUUAUGGAGGUCCCCUAUCCAUUGCACCGACCCCCUCGGCACAAGCAGGCAUGACUAUGGCUCUCUCAGCUCCAACUCUGCCAACUCCAGCUGCCCAUCCUUACAGACUCAUCCCUGCUCACUUCACCACAUCGACGGCACCUGAGCAAUCCUUGGCUUAA